GCGGGCCUUGCAUGUCAUUAGGACUCUCACCUGGCCGAGGCGGUAUAGUUUCGCUGAGUGACGCACUGCCUUCAUUAUUAUUGUUUUCAUUCGCUCGGUGUUGUCCACGAUUUAAGGACUUCCACGCUGAGAGGACGUCUUCAGAAGGUAACAAAACGAAAUGAUGAGCCGCUGGGUGGUCGCUGCUGCGCUGGUUGUCUACGGUUUCGGAGGAGUCGUCCAGGGGCAAAUGGCGUGUGGCACGCCCGUUUUUGGAAGCCGAAUAGUAGGUGGACAGAACUCCAUGAUUGGACAGUGGCCGUGGCAGGUGGACCUGCAGUAUAACAGUCAACACGCCUGUGGAGGGUCUUUGAUAGCGCCAGGCUGGGUCCUGACGGCAGCACACUGCUUCCCAUCUGGUCAUUCCUAUUCAAGUUAUGACGUCUACUUAGGAAGGUACGAGCUUAAUGGAGACAACGGAAAUGAAGCUCACAGAACAAUAUUCAACGUCAUCAUCUAUCCGGGUUACCAGUCUGAAUUGCAGGGCCUGGACGUGGCACUGGUGCAGCUCAACACCCCUGUAACAUACAACGACUACAUCUUGCCAAUCUGCCUGCCGUCCUCCAGUGUUUUCUUCCCUGAAGGCCUCGAUUGUUGGGUCACGGGCUGGGGUGACACCUCUGAGAAUGGGGCUCUUGCCAACACGUUGCAGGAUCUCAUGGUGCCCCUUAUCAGCACAUCCACAUGUUCAAGCAUGUACCAGCAGGCAGCGCCCACCAUCACCGUUCCACAGGAUACGUUCUGUGCCGGGUAUCAAGAAGGGCAGAAGGACGCGUGUCAGGGAGACUCCGGUGGACCCCUCGUUUGCAAGAUGACAAAUGGAACCUGGGUACAAGCAGGCAUCGUGAGUUUCGGGGAAGGCUGUGCCCGCCCAGACCUGCCUGGUAUCUACGUGCAGGUGACAGAGUACAGCUCCUGGAUUCAGAGUAACGUGCCCAGCGUACAACUGUACAAUAAGGCCGCACAGAGGCUGACCAACUGGAUGGCAGUCCUGCUCAACCUGACCCUGACCACCAUUUUGCUGAACCUGCUCCGAUAGUCCAGAUGAGCGGCUCCACAAUGGAGGUUUCCCAGCAGUGUGUCAACACCUAGAGGACAACUCCUAAGUGGUCAAUUUGGAAGUCCCAUCGCAUUUAAGUUGUAACGUCUUCCAAUCCACUCCAAAUCACUGUGUUUACAUUUUAAUUUUACAAUUUUUAAGAAGCUGGAAGUACAAAUUGAGCCCAGCAAUUUAAUUGUGGAGGCUGAUGAUGAUCUGUUGGGCUUUGUUGUAGCUGCUGCAAACAAGAUUAAAGAAAUUAUCAGAUGUUGCACUUCCAGUACCUUCCACUAGAGGGCAAAGUGCAGCCAAACCUGGAGUGUACUUGAAGUUACUCACCACUGCCUCAAGUGGACAGAACCUGCUAAACGCUCCUAGUGAUUUCUUCUACCUCUGCUAAACUGCAAAUUAUAAGUAAGAUGUGGGCAGUUUUUAAACUUCCAAAAUUUAAACAAUGAAGGUAUUUUUAAAGAGGGAUUUGAUUCUAUUUCAUAAAUGAGUGUUUUUAUGAAUUAAUGUGAAAAUAUUUUAAGCCAAGUUGUAGAGAAUCGUCUGUUUUAUGGUUUUCUUAAUAAAUCUGAAUGUCUGUGUCA